AUGUGGACAGUCAGGGCUUUUGUCGUGCUGUGCUUAGUUGCUUCGGUCUUCAGUGACGAACGAAGCGCCUUCGCUAACGCGCAGGCAUCGGCGCUCGCGCAGGCCAGCGCUGGUGGCUUCGGCGGCUUGGACAAAAUAUGGACAAAAUGCCUUUACGAGGGUCAGAUGUACUACGACUACAACCUCGGUGGGGGUUGUUUGGUGUGCGCCUGCUUCCUUACCAACGGAUACCUCUCGCCCAAGUGUCGCUCGUGUAAUGGAUGUGGAUACGAACCCCAACCCGAACCGAGCCCAGUUCCGAUAAUCCCACCAAAUCCACCAAUCAACCCAUGCCCGCCACCAAUUGUCAUUCCGGGACCACCAAGGCCAUACCCUGUGCCUGUACCAGUUCCCGGAAAACCAAUCAUCAUUCGCGUGCCAGUACCAGUACCAUCCCCACCUAUCUACGUGCCGGGACCACCCAGACCUUAUCCAGUACCAAAACCUGUGCCCGUACCAUACCCGGUUAACCGACCCUACCCAGUUCCUUCCCCACCCAGAAUCAUCACUGUACCUGUACCCGUUCCUCGUCCUUAUCCAGUACCAGGACCAGAAAGGGACAUUCCCAUACCAGUGCCUGUACCUUCUCCACCUGUGCGUAUUCCGGUUCCAGUUCCAGGACCUGUUAGGCCCGUACCUUUCCCUGUACCAUCCCCUCCAGUACCUAUACCAGUUCCUGUAGAGGUUGACAGAUACAUUACAUUGCCAGGCAAAGACCGAUUAGUCCCUGUUCCCUUACCAAUCACUCAUAACAAGUACUACCCAGUUCCCAUUGUCGUCUAUGUCGCUCCCUUGUGCCGAGGACACGCCCCAUUUGUACCAUUCCGAGUUCCUGGAGAUGUCUGCCAAAUUCAUACUUGCAAGAUUAAAUACAACUAUGUAUACCUAGAUACUCAGAGAGAUCCGGACUGUGCGUUUAUCGGAGGUUCUUCCGCAUCAGCUAUCGCUAACGCCAACGCUAACGCUAACUCUUGGGGAGGCGCAAGCGCUCAAGCAGAUGCAGAAGCCAACGCCAAUGCAUUAUCCGGAGAUUGGGGUAGCUUGGGUGGACUCGGUGGUAGUGCGAACGCUGAUGCCAGUGCCGAAGCCAAUGCUAAUGCUUAUGGUGGUUUAGACGGUCUAGGUUUCUCGAGCGCACAAGCAAAUGCUCAAGCUAACGCUAACGCUAACGCAGGUGGUUUGAUAGGCAGUUUAGGAGGGUUGGGAGGUUUAGGAGGGUUGGGAGGUUUAGGAGGGUUAGGAGGCUUAGGAGGGCUAGAUUUCGACACGAUACGUGGUGGUUUGUCAAAUGCUCAAGCUAACGCCCAAGCUAAUGCCCAAGCUAACGCUAAUGCCCAAAGUUGGGGAGGUGGAUAUUCAAGUGCCGAAGCUAACGCCGAAGCCAAUGCCAAUGCUAAUGCUAAUGCAUAUGGCGGAGCAUUAGGUGGACUAGGAGGUUUAGGUAGUAGUUUUGCCAAUGCUCAAGCUAACGCCGAAGCUAAUGCUAAUGCUUUCAGCGGAGGUUGGGGUGGACUAGGAGGUUUAGGUAAUAGUUUUGCCAAUGCUCAAGCUAACGCCGAAGCUAAUGCUAAUGCUUUCAGCGGAGGUUGGGGAGGACUAGGAGGUUUAAGUAAUAGUUUUGCCAAUGCUCAAGCUAACGCCGAAGCUAAUGCUAAUGCUUUCAGCGGAGGUUGGGGAGGACUAGGAGGUGGAUAUUCUAGUGCCCAAGCUAACGCAGAAGCUAAUGCUAAUGCUAACGCAUUUGGCGGAGCAUUAGGUGGGCUGGGAGGUUUAGGUGGACUAGGAGGAUUCGGUAAUAGUUAUGCCAAUGCUCAAGCUAACGCCGACGCUAAUGCUAAUGCUUAUCGUGGUGGAUUAGGAGGUUUGUCUAGUAGUUUAGCUAACGCCCAAGCUAACGCCCAAGCUAAUGCCGAAGCUAAUGCAUUCAGUGGAGGCUAUGGAGGACUAGGUGGAAGUUGGGCAAACGCCGAGGCUAAUGCUAAUGCUAAUGCUAACGCUAACGCUAACGCAGGCGGUUUGUUAGGUGGUUUAAGAGGGUUAGGCGGUUUAGGAGGAUUAGGAGGUUUAGGAGGGUUAGGAGGCUGGGGUGGUGCCAAUGCUCAUGCCAAUGCUGAAGCCUUAGCAAACGCUAACGCUGGUGGAUACGGUGGUGGCUGGUCUGAUGCCUCUGCGUCAGCUUUGGCGCUUGCCAACGCCGGAGCAUGGGCCAAAACUGCACCAACAGAAGAAUGA